GAUUAAAGUAAGGUGAGUAAUAACAUGAGAGUGGCCAAAACAUGAUCCAAACCUGAAACCCCAUAAAUUUCUCUUUUAUUAUGAUGAUUAUGAUAUGAUGAUUAUGAUUAUGAUUAUCUUGAAAAGCACACAUCUCAAGAAGAAACUGUUAAGUAAGAGAGUCUCCCGGCGACCUCAUGCUCUUUCCCGAUCAUAACAAUGCAAUUUAUGCAAAUUGAAGUACGUACGGCAGCAUAUUCUUUUCAACUAGGGGCAAAAUAGUCAAUUCACACCCUCGUAACAACGUUAAGUCGUUAACGUUAUUUCCUUUCCCAAACGCAACGUUGACACGGAAACAAAACAAUGCAUCAUGUGCUACAACUACAAACUGUGAAAUUCAAAACUACCCAAUUCCUCAACCGACAAAUUCACUCUCAUUUUCUCUCUUAAAUCUUAUAGUACCAUGAUUUCAUAAGAAAAAAAAAACAUCAUCAUCAAAUUGUUUUUUUUUAAAAAAAAAUUUAAUUUUAUUUUAGUUUCUCGAGAAAAAAUAUAACAUGUCUGACGCUUUGAUCAAUGGAUUGGCUGGAGCUGGUGGAGGGAUCAUUGCUCAACUUAUCACAUACCCUCUUCAAACUGUAAACACUCGUCAACAAACCAAUCGUGAUCCGAAGGGCAAGAAGAAUUUAGGGACUUUCCAGCAAAUGUGUCAGGUUGUGAAACAUGAGGGGUGGGAGCGAUUGUAUGGAGGCUUGACACCAUCACUUGUCGGUACAGCUACAUCUCAGGGUGUUUACUAUUAUUUCUAUCAAAUAUUCAGGAACCGAGCUGAAGCAGCAGCACUAGAGAAGAAAAUGCUAGGCACCGGUGAUGGUUCAGUUGGAAUGCUUUCCUCGCUUGUUGUUGCUGCGUUAUCUGGCUGCGUUAACGUGCUCUUGACAAAUCCCAUAUGGCUAGUUGUUACUCGCAUGCAGACACAUAGAAAAGAGUCGAAGAGAGCCCUCACUGAUCCACGGUUGUCAGAUGCCAUUAAACAAUCAACACUUUCUACUAUUGAGCCUCGUGCUUAUGGAACUAGUCAUGUGAUUCAAGAAGUUUAUGAUGAAGCUGGUGUUUUAGGUUUCUGGAAGGGCGUGUUACCAACAUUAGUCAUGGUUAGCAAUCCUUCCAUACAGUUCAUGCUGUAUGAAACCUUGUUGGCGAAGUUGAAAAGAGGACGUGCUAGUAAUAGCGUAACUGCAAUAGAGAUAUUUCUUCUCGGAGCUAUCGCUAAGCUUGGAGCUACGGUGGUGACCUAUCCUCUUCUUGUUGUCAAGGCAAGGCUUCAAGCUAGGCAGGUUAACAAUGGAGACAAGAGACACCAUUAUAAAGGUACAUGGGAUGCUAUUAUUAAGAUGAUCCAGUAUGAAGGUUUUAAUGGAUUUUACAAAGGCAUGGGAACCAAAAUUGUACAAAGUGUUCUAGCUGCAGCUGUUUUGUUUAUGGUGAAAGAAGAACUAGUUAAUCAGACUCGUUUCUUGCUUUCCAAGCCAAAGCUUGUGUGAUUGGAAAAUCACUUAUUUUUAGUUUUCCACAGAUUGAUAAUUCAAGAACCAUCUGCAUUUGGCAUAUUCAAUUUAAUCAUGGGAAAUUGAUUGUGGUAUUGGAAAGCUUGUAUAACUCAUUUAAUAGGAGAUUAUAAUAUGGCUUUAAACUUUAUUAUGAUUUAAGACACGUUUUCAAAUGGAAAGAUGUGUUUAAACUUUA